UCAAAGCAGCUUCCUUGUUAAGAAUCGCUUGACAUUCCCUACUCUUUGAGAAUCAGUUUUUUCUUUUAGAAUAAAAUAAUAAAUAAAUAAUCUACUGUGAUGGAGCCCACCAUAGCGUACUACCAACUGCUCAGAGAUCACCGCAUCAGCGCCGCCUCUUAUUGGUUACAGUGUAAAGAAAUACACUUUUCUUUGUCGUUUCGUUUCCACGCAAUCGAAUUGAGUGACACGCGUUAUAUUUCUAUUGGAUAAAUGAAAAACAAAACGAGGAAGAGAAAGGCAUGGGGCAUGGUUGUUCGUCACAAGGGUGCAGGAAGUGAUGUAGUGAAGCGAAUUAAAAUAAAAUAUUAACUCGUGUUUGAUUUAAAUAAUUGAUUUGUUAUCAGUCUCUAAAUAAAUGAUUAUUAUUAAAAAUUGUACCUAUCUCUUAAGAGAAAAAAAUCGAGAUAAUUGCAAUGAUAAUUAAAUUAACAAAUGAAUUCCAACCUCGGCAGGUCAAGUUCGGUUAUGUUUGUAUUCUUGAACCUGCUUAUUUAUUCUUUAGCAACCAUUUAGUUGUUAAUUAGUUUUUAAAUAAUAAUAUUUAAAUUUAAAAUUAUAUAAAAAGGUAAAAAAUAAUAUUAAUUUUAAAAAAUAAAAAUAAUAUAAUGUCUGGUCUAGACGGUGGUGGACGUGGCAGUGGUCGGGGUGGUGGUGGACGUGGCCGGGGGUAUGGCCAUCCUCGCUGUCAACCUUCACAGUCUUCCUCUCGCGGCGGCGGCGGCGGCGGCGGUAGAGCAAGGGGCCGUGGAUCAUCUGGUUCUACUGUAACUUAUAACCCCCCUCCUCCUCAGAUGGCUCCGGCUCAGCCACCUCCUCAAAUGGCAGUAGCUCCGCUGGGGGUCCCUUUUUCUCAUCCUUCUUCAAGUUCUGGUGUAGGAUCACUUUCCAGAGAGGUAUCGGAGAAGCUUACAAUGGAGCCGGUGGCUGUGACUACGGCGCCUCCUCUUCCUCCGUCGUCGUCAAAGGCGAUUAUGUUCCCGCCAAGACCGGGGUUCGGCACGGUCGGUACAAAAUGUCUGGUUAGAGCCAACCAUUUUCUCGUAGAUGUUGCUGAUGCCGAUCUUCAUCACUACGAUGUUACUAUAACGCCUAAGGUAACCGGAAAAAAGGUUAACAGAGCCAUAAUGAAGCAACUUAUUGAUGUAUACAAAGAGUCGCAUCUUGGACGUCGGUGUCCAGUUUAUGAUGGCAGGAAGAGUUUGUACACUGCUGGUCCUCUUCCCUUCGAGUCAAAGGAGCUUGUUAUCAAGCUAACUGAGGAAGAUUGCAGUGAUGGUUCAUCUAGGCCUGCGUGGAAGGAGCGACAAUUUAAGGUUGCAAUCAAACUGGCCUCCAAGACAGACCUUCAUUAUCUGAGGGAGUUUUUGAGCAGAAGGCAUUUUGAAUGCCCUCAAGAAGCUAUUCAAGUUCUGAAUGUUGUUCUUAGAGCUAAACCAUCUCAGAUAUAUACUGAGGUGGGAAGGUCUUUUUUCCAUACAUCAUUAGGUCCUAGAGGAGAUCUUGGUAAUGGAAUAGAAUACUGGUCUGGAUAUUAUCAGAGUCUUCGACUCACUCAGAUGGGUUUAUCUCUUAAUAUUGAUGUGUCUGCUCGAUCAUUCUAUGAGCCAAUUUUAGUAUCAGAGUUUGUUGCGAAUCAUUGCAGACUAUCAAACCUGUCAAAGCCGCUGUCUGUUCAAGAUCAUAUUAAAGUGAAAAGGGCCUUGAGGGGAGUAAGAGUUAAGCUCAUCUACAUGAUUUAUGCCAAAACUUGCAAGAUUAUUGGAGUAUCUAGAGACCCUAUAAGUCAGUUGACAUUUACUCUCGAUGACAAGAGAGCAAAUGUCUCUGUGAUCAAGUAUUUCCGUGAGAAAUACAAUGUUGUGCUUAAAUAUCCAUCCUUGCCUGCACUUCAAAGUGGAAGUCAAGCUAGACCUGUCUACCUGCCAAUGGAGCUUUGUAGUAUCGUUGAGGGUCAGAGAUACACAAAAAAACUAAAUGAACAACAAGUUAGAUCUCUGCUAAGAGCAACUUGUCAACGUCCGAACAUUAGGGAGGGGAAGAUGGUCCAGGUCAAUAAUUUUGAGGUGGAGGAGCCUAUUACUAAAGAAUUUGGAAUGCAUGUUCGCAAAGAACUUGCGUUGAUUGAUGCACAAGUUCUAAAUCCUCCAGCGCUAAAGUAUCACGACACUGGACGUGACAAAAUUGUUAAUCCUAGUUGUGGGCAAUGGAACAUGAUCAACAAGAAAAUGGUCAAUGGGGGUAAAGUCGAUUUCUGGACUUGUGUGGACUUCUCCUCUGGAUAUUGGAAUAUGUCAGAAGACUUCUGUGAAGAGCUGGUGAAAAUGUGUAACAGCAAAGGAAUGGUGUUUUGCCGAACUCCUUCAAUUGCAAUGCGAUCAGCUCGUUCUGAUCGAAUUGAUCAGACUCUCGUGGAUGUAUACAAAGAGUCUGCUGGCUUGAAUAAGCCACUUCAGUUGUUGAUAAUUAUCUUACCUGAUCAGACUGGCUCUUACGGAAAAAUAAAGCGAAUUUGUGAGACGGAGCUAGGUAUUGUUUCACAAUGUUGUAAGCCUGUGCAAGCUUCAAAGUUUAGCAACUAAUAUUUUGAAAAUGUUGCUCUCAAGAUCAAUGCUAAGGUUGGGGGGCGAAAUACUGUGCUGAAUGAUGCUAUUUUAAGGAGAAUUCCGCUUGUGACUGAUGUCCCUACAAUCAUUUUUGGGGCAGAUGUCACUCAUCCGCCGCCUGGCGAAGACUCUAGUUCUUCUAUAGCUGCAAUCGUUGCAUCAAUGGAUUGGCCUGAGGUAACCAAGUAUCGUGGAAUUGUCUCUGCACAGACUCACCGGGUGGAAAUAAUCCAGGAUCUUUAUAAACAAACUAAGGAUCCACAAAAGGGUUUAGUUGAGGGUGGAAUGGUUAGGGAGUUGCUUCUUGCUUUCUUCAAGUCGACAAGACAAAAGCCUUCUAGAAUUAUCUUGUACAGAGCUGGUGUUAGUGAAGGACAAUUCAGCCAAGUUUUGCUUUAUGAAAUGGAUGCAAUUCGGAGGGCUUGUUCCUCACUACAGGAAGGAUAUAUGCCUCGGGUUACAUUUGUUGUGGUUCAAAAGAGGCAUCAUACUCGCUUAUUCCCUACUGAUCGCAACAAAACUGAUAGGAGUGGCAAUAUAUUACCAGGUACUGUUGUGGAUACUAGCAUCUGUCAUCCAACUGAGUUUGAUUUUUAUCUCAAUAGUCAUGCUGGAAUCCAGGGGACAAGCAAGCCCACACAUUACCACGUUUUGUUUGAUGAAAAUGGCUUCACUGCUGACAUCUUGCAAGUGCUCACAAACAGUUUAUGUUACACGUAUGCGAGGUAUACCAAGUCUGUUUCCAUAGUGCCUCCGGCAUACUAUGCUCACCUCGCUGCUCGUAGGGCACGCUAUUAUAUUGGGGAUGAGAUGUCAGAUGGAGACAAGGUUAGGCCGCUCCCCAGCAUAAGGGAUAAUGUGAAGGAAGUGAUGUUCUACAUCUGAUAAAUUAUGUUUGGUUGAUGGUGGAAAGUUAGUUGCAGUUUGUGGAUGUUGGUUGGUACAGUUGUUUUGUUAGCAAAUAGCUUUUUGUUGGAGGGUACAGCAGAUCUUUUUACCAGAGACUGUAAAACAAUUAUCCCAAUCAUAUACAAAAUAAAUUUACCUUUUCAAACUGAAA